ACCUCUGCCACUUCACUCCCACGGCACAGUAGAGGCAUACAGCGGAGCCCAACCAGUAGCUGCGUCUACCAUUUGCAAGAGCUAGCGCUGCCAAGCUAGAGUUUUCACGGCAAUGGCGUCCACCAACAGCUGGACCCUAGAGAUCUCGUCGCCGGUCGCCGCGCCGCGCCUGUUCCGCGCCGCCGUGAUGGACUGGCACACCUUAGCCCCAAAGCUCGCCUCCCACGUUGUCGCCAGCGCCCACAUCGUCCAGGGCGAUGCCCACGUCGGCAGCGUCAGGCAGUUCAACUUCACCUCAGCCAUGCCGUUCGGAUUCAUGGAGGAGAGGCUCGAGUUCCUGGACGCGGACAAGUUCGAGUGCAAGUCGACGCUCGUCGAGGGCGGCGGCAUCGGCGUGGCCAUCGAGACGGCGACGUCGCACAUCAAGGUGGAGCCCACGGCCGACGGCGGGAGCCUGGUGAAGGUGGACUCGACCUACAAGCUGCUGCCGGGCGUGGAGGUGAAGGACGAGAUCGCCAAGGCCAAGGAGUCGGUCACCGCCAUCUUCAAGGCCGCCGAGGCGUACCUCGUCGCCAACCCGGACGCCUACAGCUAAACCGCUCCAAUGGGAUCAGAUUUCUGAUGUCCAAAAUAUGCAUAAAAAAUAAAAAAAUACAUGCGUAUUUGUGUGUUUUUUAUUUUUCAAAUAAAAGCUGGAGCUGCUCUAAAGCCGCAGUUUAUCAUGCGGGGAUGAGAGAGCACGGAGGACUGCGCUAGACUUGAGGGGUUGAGACUUGAGAGUGUGUUUUUGCUGUUAUAGAAUGAUUUGGUUUAAUUCUGUCCCUGUUUGAUUGUGUAUUACCGUACUGUCCCAUAGUUUUGCAUGGGGAUAAAGUCAUAA